AUGCAUCAUUCUACUAGUGAAACUGUUAAGCAUACAAUGACAUCAUCAGAUUGUGACACUAGACCAACUAAUUUACUUAUUAAAAAAAUAUUUCCUAGUAACCCAGUGCUUAUGUGUAUUUGCGGUAGUUCAGGUUCUGGUAAAAUUCAUCUCACUUUUAACAUGUUGACAACACCAAAACUUUUAGAUUUCGAUUCACUAUAUAUCUACACAACAACUCCAGAGCAAUCGUAUUAUCAAUUCCUCAAGGCUUUAGAAUAUUUACCAAAGAAAGAUGUUCAAGACAUAUUUCAAUAUUAUGAAGACAACGAAGAAGAAGUGGAAAUAAAAGAUAUCAUAGAGAACUUCAUUAAAGCAAAGAAUCCAUCUUUCAUUCCAACGGAUAUAAAAGUUUUUCUUACGAAAAUUGUUAAUGAUCUAGACUUGUCUAAUAUUGAUAGCAAUCGAAAGAACUUCAUAGUCUUUGAUGACUGUGUAGCACAACGAACUGCUCAACAAGAAUUCUUCACGUCACUGUAUAUACCAAUCACAAUCUUUCUACGGAAUGGAUGCAAUGUUCAUUAG